UUGCAGAUCAGGGGUUGUUUGUUUAUUCAGGGCGGACCCUCUCUUCAACAGGGACCAACUGUCUCGUUUUAGCAUUUUCCGCCCAUCAGUUUUUAACAAAAUGGAAACAUGAAGAACUGAGAAGUGUGACAGCUAUUAUUAUCUAGCUGGUCUGCAGCUACAGGGCAAGGAUGAGGGAUGUUCGCGUCAUUGACAGUUUGCUCUUAAAGGAGUUGAAGUCAUGUUGUGCAAAGGAGCACACAUUUCUUCCAAAGGAGGCUGGCCUGAAGCUGAUGGAGUCGGCCACUACAGAGAAUCACAGUGGAGUGUCUGCAAAAUGCAGAGACACCAGAGUGGAGGAACUGUGGGGUCUGACCAGUUUCUUUGGCUACAGCACCCAAACCUUUGUUCAAGCUGUCAAUUUGCUUGACAGAUUCCUUACCAUCAUGAAGGUGCAGCCAAAACACUUGCCCUGCAUCGGAGUCUGCUGCCUUCACAUUGCAGCUAAAAUGGUUGAGGAAGCAAGCAAUGUGUCACCUACCCAUGAACUCAUUCGCAUCAGCCAAAGCAAGUUCACUGUGUCAGACCUGUGUCGCAUGGAGAAAAUCAUCUCAGAGAAGCUGAGUCUAGAGCCUGAACCAGUGACUGCCUUGACCUUCCUCCACCUCUACUACUCCGCCUUCACAUCCCUGUCUGCUGGAAGGGAGGAGAUCCCAAGCAUUGGGAGACUGGAAGCCCAGCUUAAAGCCUGCUUAUGCCGGCUUGUUUUCUCUAAAGCAAAACCAUCAGUGCUGGCGCUGUCCCUUAUUGCUCAGGAGUUUGAAGCCCUCCAGUCCAUUGCCUUGUUGAAGAUUGUACAACAAUUCCAAAGACAUUUAAGGAUCAGUGACAGCGAGCUGCUCCACUGGAAGGAACUUGUGGCCAAGUGCAUGAGUAAAUACUAUUCAAGUGAAUGUAACAAACCAGACAACAAAAAGCUGGUCUGGAUUGUUUCCAGGAGAACUGCACAGAAUCUUCAGGCCAAUCACUUUAGUGUUCCCGGCCUGCCAACCAUUCCCGAGGGGAGCUUGGAUGAGAGUGAGAGCGAGGACUCGUGUGAGGACAUGAGCUGUGGAGAAGAAAGCCCAUGUGGUUCACCAGGAAGUGACGGUGAAGGAUCCUUCUUCCCCUCUGCCUUAGUUACCAGCAGAAAGUGACGAGUCCUCAUUGUGUUAUAGCUCACAGAUGUGUGUUUUUGUCCUUGAACUCUUACUGAUUUGAGGUUGUCACAUUGUUACGGUGCAAAAACUUUUGUGUUACUCUUUGUACUUUGUGCCAAGUGAAAGUUUUAGAUCAUAAGUGCCUGUUUUGAUUCAGUUCAUUGUCUGUUUCUUAUAAGAAAACAUAUCCUAGAAAUGCAAAUCAGAAAAUUGCAAUACCUUGGCAGCUUGAUGGCAAUGCAUCUGAAUGUCUUUCUUCAAAAUGUUCUCCUUAUCUUAGUUUGUGUCCCAGCUUGGCACAUUCCAAAAAAUAUCAGUGAAGCACAAGUGAGAGCUAACUGAUGUCAGUCAUGAGGUACACUCACUGUUAGAGACAGCUAACACACUAGCACAUGCUCCAACUUUUUUUAAUACCAGUUUUUAUACUCAUAAACAUUCGUAUUGACAGUAUUCUGCAAAUGUAUGUUAUAUACACUUCUAAUGUGACAUGGUAGUGUAAAAACACAAGACUGUAUAUGCAUGGAUACAUUAAAAUGUGUAAUAAUGAAUGGAUGUUCAUGUUUACCAAGAUAAGCUUAUUGUAAAAACUAGGAAAAAAUGUACAUAACUUGUAAAAAGAUGAAAAAAAAAUGUAUGUUUUGUGAAAGCUACGUAAUGUAUGUUGUAUUAGAAUACAAUGUGUAAUGUGUUAUAAGGGAUCAGAAGUAAUCCUUUCAAGUAAAGAAAAUAACUUUUUA